AUGGUCUCAAUAACCAAGCGGACGAACACCGCCGCCAAGGACAAGGGUCCCACCCGCAAGCGCCGCCGGGUACCCAAUGAAUUAGAAUUAGCAGUACUUGGUGGUGACGAAUUGCCUUUCGAUGUCGUGAUCGAUAUUCUGUCUCGCCUACCAGUGAAAACCCUAAUCCGAUUCAAGUCCGUCUGCAACGACUGGGCCGCCAUGAUCACCAACAACCCACACUUCGUCUCCAUGCACCUCAAAAACUACACCAUUCACUCCCUCUUGUGCACUUACUCUAGCCCCUCUUGGUAUACUCACCGAUCGAUCUCACUCUGCCCCGAACCCAAACCCGGUCAGCGGCGGCUGAUCCAUCAGGGCAAGCAGGUCGCCGAGGAUGUCAUCUGCGGCGGUGGGGAAAGCGGUCUCUUUCUUCUCGGCAAUCCAUAUACGCCCCAUCCUAAUUACCGUCUGUGGAGCCCGGCAACUCGCAAAAUCAAGCUUCUCCCAGAACCUCCCUUGGCGCCCCCAAUUAGCUACCCUCUGGGGCCGAAAUCGAAAUCGCCAGUCUACGCACGGCAUUUCUGCGAUUACUGUGGAGUCGGCAAAGAUCUAGUUGCUAAUGAUGUCAAGGUCGUUCUGAUUCGUAAAUAUAUUUGUCAGCAGGAUGCUAAUGGCUACAAAAUCGUCGCUUCCUCUGCCUUCCCUACACCAGUUUUCGUGUACACACUGCGCAGCAAUUGUUAA